AGCGUGCGGCAGCGGACCGGGCCCGCCCGCGCUUCCGGUGCCGCGGCUCCAUGGACGCCAACCUGCGCUUCUGGAGGGCGGAGGGGCAGUCUUUCUUCCAGAGGUUUCUCCUCUGGGCGGACGCCUUGGAUCCGCUGCUGCUGUUCAAGUCGUCCAAUGAAAUAAAAAGAACCAGGUUGUUAAUACAAACCAAUGAGAAGACCCUAAGUGAGCCCAUACAGAAUAACCAGACCAAACAAGCCUUCUUGCUAAGCCUGUCCAGCGUACAUCCUGAUACAGACAAGAUAAUUCCUCUUUUGUUUAGACCUCCAGCUUUCAUGCCCGUAACUCUUCCCUUGGUCAUCAUUUCAUCUGUUCAGCACCAGGCAAAGCAUUCUUUUUUUUCACAGUUUGUGUUUCACACAUACACCACAGCUUUCACACUCGUGAAUGGAAAUGGUACCCCAAGGGCUGAAGAAUACUCACUUUGGCAAAAGCAGAUCUUGUUUGGCUUGGGAGCCAUUUCCUAUUCAGCCUGUGUUGGUGCUCUCCCUCUUACCUACAUGAAUCGUUACGCCUUGAAGAGCUCACUAAUGCAACUUGUCGUCAGGAAACUGCUACCUGCUCCUCUCUUUGGUUUGACCAGUGCAUUUACUGUGGUGAUGGUGAGAAGCCCAGAAUUUGAUAAUGGGAUAGAAGUGAUGGACAGGAAUGGCAAGGUUAUAGGAGUGUCUAAGAAGGCUGGUGAGAAGGCUGUUAUGGAAACAGCAUUGUCCAGAGCGGUCUUGUUUGGGACAACGUUUUUCCUGCCAGAAAUGCUCAUGUACUGUGUGCAGAGAGCAAGAUUGGUUAAAAAUCCUCGUGCUUUGGGUCCAGUGAGGAUGUUUGUGAUUAUGUUAGUCCUAGCAGGGAUGCUGCCAGUCUCAUUCAGUAUGUUCCCACAGUGUGGGGAGAUAAAGCGAGCAGACCUUGAACCAGAAAUUCUGUCAUCUACAGAAGAAACAGAGUUCUUCUACAACAGGGGAAUUUAGAGCCUGGCUUUUCUAUAAUAUAACGUAAAUGUGUGCUCUGAUCCAAGUGAAUUCUGAAUGCACCACUGGCAGCUGUGACUGAAUUGUGAUUCCGUGGUGGCAAAGGUGCCAGAUCCGGUGUCCGACGGUGUGGCCGGUAAAGAGGCAGAAGCUGGCAACGUGGCUUUGCCAGCCCCCGCCUGGAAGCACAUAAACACACCUCACCUGAUGCUGAAAAGUACUAAAAAAGCACUGUAACACAGCCUGUGUUCUGCGCUUCCUCAGGUGAUUGAUUUCUUAAUUAAACGGCUGUUGAGUACACAAGUUUGUUCUGCUGCUGCAGCUUUUGGUGCGCUUCUUUCCAGGAACCCAGCUGGUGAAGGCUUUGACAUCAGUACCCCUGUGGGUGAAGUCCAGCUGGUUCUUCUCAGGACACCUGAUGUUUUCAGUGAUCUAACAAUGCUCAUUUUGAGGAUGAGAUGUGAGUGAGGCAGCCCUUGAAGUGAUAUCAGACAAAGCAACCCUGAUGGCAAUAAAAUACUGGUUUAAUUUAGUUGUUUAAAAAGUGUUCAGGAAAUGGGUGUCGAACUUGACUACCAAUUAAUUCUUGGCUUUCAAAAUAUCCUUGGAGGAGUUGUGAGGCCUGAUGGCCCUUCAGCUUUAGAACUUGUUUUUUUCACACUGAAGCCAUGAGGAGAUCCCAUGUCUUUCUGCCCUUGUGGUGGACAAUGGGGAAUUCCACUUUUGCAGGUUGGUCGUGUUUAUCCAGAGAAAGCAAGCUCUUUUGAUAUGUGGCAUCAGUGAAGUGUUGUUUUGCUGAUCCUAUGAAAUUAUUCAGGGACCCUCAGCUGUCUGGGAAGAGUUGCAGGAAGAGCUUACAGGAGACCCUGUGAUUGUGACAACAUCUUCAGUGAUUUUUGAGCCACCUCUCCCACAACCCCUGCCUAUAGUUAUGUGAAGUGCUGCUAAGGCUGUGUGACAAGGAUGGAAAUGCACUAAAUAAUAUAAAAUUAUUUAUGUGAAAGUGAUUAUCACAAGUGCAGCCUCUGAAGUAUGCCAUAAUUUAACUUCCUUAGGGCACAGGUCACUGCUCUCCUGUUGCUGGAGGAUUGGAUUUCUUUUCACAGUGUGAGGAAAUCAAUGGUUGCCCAAUCCAAUCCAUCCUACAGGAAGAGAGCAGCAUAGAGCAAAGUAAGGAAAAAUAGCAGGCCUGGGCUCUUGCAAAGAGAUUCCUGGUGUGCUUUUGGCACUGAAUAAAAGCAGGAAGUUGGGGGUUGAGUUUAAUUCCUUGUUUGAGUUCUGCCUUUUUUGAGCUUUCCUCUAACAACUUACUGGAGGGAAGGUCAGACAAGGGAAGAGGAGAGAGGAGCAGCAGCUCAUCCUAAAGACCUGGAACUGGAGGGGAACAUGCUGAAAAGCUGUUCCAGGAAGACCAUAUGGAUACUGUGUAACUGGCAGAGUUUGCACUACUCCACUGGAGCACUGUAGUGAAUUUUUCAAGGUAAAGGAUUGUUUACACCUUCUGAACUCUGCAGGCUCACUCAGCCUCUGUGGGUGAUGUUCUUCAGUACAUGCUAAAAUCUCAUCAGGGUCAAGAAGAUAAUUGUGUUGUGUCAAACCAAAGGGUCUGCUGAGCCAAAUGCCAUCUGCUCGUGGCAGGAGGUUAGAACUAGAUGAUCGUCAGGGUCACUUCCAACCCAAACCAUUCCAUGAUUCUACCAUAGGGUCAGGUGGAACAGACUUAAGCCUCAGCCUGGCCUCUCUGGGUGAAGUGUUUGUCUCCUUCCAAACCUUUAAUAGCAGAGGCACAGAUAACAUCCUGCAGUUAAAUGAUCUAAACCAUGUUUCUCUAUUCCUGUUUCAGUCACAAAGGCAAAUGCAGAAGGGGUUUGAUUCCACUCCCUGUAAACAGUAACUGGAACUACAGCUAAGACCUGCACCUCUCCCCACUCCUUUUUUAAACAUAAUUUAAGAAUGGCUAAAGUAAAUGCUAGUUACAUGAACCACAGUGGGAACAAGGAAAAUAACCCAAAACCUAAGAGUAGAGCAAAGCCAACAAAUAGAAUAUAUUGGUGAACUUUGCAUUGUCAUGGUAACUAGAGAAGCUAUAAAUUCACUGGCAACACA